CUUGUCGUGUACUAUGUUACUCUAUGGUAAACUCUUUUCGCGACGACGUCACGGGCGCGAUAUUCAGCGAACGAAAGACCACGCGUGCGCGCCACUCUGAUCGGCUACAGAAAGCGCGUCAUUCACAGCGAAGCAGGGAAACCGGCGAACUGCGCUAGAGCUACGCGACGAGAACAAACCGAUUAUUGUCUGGCCACCAGGGCGCCGCGUUCGCGCAAUCCAACUGCGAGCGCGGCCGCGAUCCGGCGCAAAAGACGACGACGUUGCGGCCGUGUAGCCGCCGCGUGUCACCGACUCCGAGCAUCUCCAACUGCGACCGCUCACGAUGAGUCCCAGACGCUCGGAGAAGAGGCGCAUCAAGCGGGCGUACUCGCGCGGACAUGCGGUGUACUCGGGCGAGCAGUUCAAGAGGCUGCCGUUCUACGAAAUCCUGGCCAUACUCCUUCAGCCAACGCGCCUCAAGACCAACGGUAGAGGCAGCACGCACAACACGAGUCUGCCGUUCCAGUUCCUGCCUCAUCACGUGAAUGACAUUUUAAAGUCGCUGACGCGGAACACGGCAUCAAUGUGGACAGAAUUCGGGGCAGAAGUGCACCUUCGGUUCUGUUUGUUCGAUAGGUACGAACAGCAGGACGACAGCUACCCUUACGAUCUGAGACUGGAGGUCAACAAUCAGCCGCUUGCCCUUCCAGAGUCGAUUCCCGUCCAUUCCUCCGGAGGGCUGAGCGGACGAAUACGCCUGCCGAUCAACAUCCUCCCUGCCUGUUAUCUGGAUGCUUCGGUGAAAAACAAGGUUUCGGUGUCCUGGCGGCCCGAACUAGACCGUGAGUACGUCGCCGGUUUGUUCCUCGUUCGGAAGAAGUCGGUAGCGACGAUUCUGCACGAGCUGCGGCAGAGAAGGAUGCAGAGUGCAACCCUGACGAAAGCGUUGGUCAAGAAGAAGGUGCAGCGCCAGGCAAGCUGCGACGAUAUCGCGGUAACCAGUCUUCACAUUUCACUCACGUGCCCCCUGAGCAAGAAGCGAAUGAGCGUUCCAUGUCGCGCAGAGGAAUGCAAGCACCUUCAGUGCUUCGACGCGCCCAGCUACCUGCAGGUCAAUGAGACACGGCCCACCUGGACGUGUCCCGUGUGUGGCAAGCGGGCCCCCUUCUCGUCGCUGGUCGUUGACCAGCUGUUCGUUCGCAUCGUUGCGGAGGCGCCCGGCAACUGCGACAGCGUCGUUUUCCGCGAGGACGGGUCCUGGGCUCCGUCGGCGUCGCAGGAGGAGCUUUCUGACCGCGGAAAUAGCGCCGCCGCAACGCCGUCCUCGUCGACUGCUUCGCGUUCAAAACGACAUUCGGCGUCCCUGUCUAGUGACCAGGUUGGGCGGGCCAGCAAGCGGCGUAAGGAGAAGGUUGUUGACCUUACCGUGGAUGUUAUUGACCUCACUGAGCACAGCAACAGUGAGGAGGCGGACGGUGGCUGUGCUGGCGUGUGCCUUCGCCCAGAACAUGCAAGCGCUGGGCAUGGCCCUGGUGAGACGCUCAGUACUAGUCCACCCACUCUGCUUCCACCCCCUCCGCCCCCACCUCGUAUCAUCUCUGAUGAUGUUUAUUCAGCGCCGGAUUUUGGGGAAACCACAAACGGUGCCGGCAUAAAAUUUGAUCUGCGCAGAAUCAUAUUGUGAAGGGCAUAGUAUAUGUGUUCAUCGUCGGCCUUCUGCUCUGGUGAUGUGGGCGCUACGCGUUACUCUGACUCGUUCCCUUGGCGAUGUUUCCAGGUGCUGCAUCAACAUUGGCGCGCCUCUUGAGAUGCAUUGGCUCGUAUAAUUGUCUCUGUAUUUAAAGUGCCCAUGGAUGUUGACCCGUUUUCGUGUGCGGCAUAUUUUUUUUUUUAAUAUUAAUGUGAAUGGUACAUCCCGUGUGCCGUAUAUAGUAGUUCCAAGCGCGGUUCCAUUCUUUGUAUCAUUUUUUCCCCCCAUAGUUUCGUCGGCUGUGGAUAGUCGUCUUUCGCGUCGAUAAAAUCGAAUUCUGAUAGCAAAAUGAAUCCGGAUUAUUUAUCAGUUCGUUCUAGCAUCGAGCACAUCGAGAAGAGUGUGCUCAGUGCUACAUCUCCAUCACCCUCUCCCCUCGAGUUUGGUUUGAAAUGGGGCAACUGACCGUUUAUUUAACAGAUUGGCUGCGUGUGCCGGCGUACAUGCUUUUGUAAUCGUCCGUUGCCGAAAGAUAAAUCAUCAUUUUGCUGCC